GAAAUCAAAAGCAGCGCACAGCCCUGAGCAUUCGGGCUUAUGCAAAUUGAUUUUGAUUCGGAUCGUACUAUAUAAGCGGCGUGAGAGUCGCUGCGAUCAUCUAUCGGCUUUAAAAUGAAGUACCUGACGUGUGUGCUGCUGUCGCUGGCUUUAAUUCCGGCUCUGAUUGGCGCUCAUCCCGGCACAGUGGUGGUGAAUGGCGUCUGCCUGACUUGUCCCAAUCCGCAUGGAGAACCCGUCUACCUGGAUGGCCAGGAGUACCGCAGCUUCUCCUCUUCCCAGAACGAUGGCAAUGUGGUGAUUUCCCGGGGAAGCGAUGGAAGGGCAGGAGGAGGUGGCACUGGCACCAUUUACCGCAGGGGUGGUAACACCGUUGUCAACGGCCGCUGUCAACAUUGCAAUGUGGAUCUCUACUAGAAGUGGCCCAAUAAAGUCUGAACAUUGAAUUAAAAUUCCA